AUGCUGGGCUUUAGGCCGCAGCUCUUGGUGGCAAAGCGGAAGCCUCAAGCCUACAAUCAGGCGGAGCGCGACCUCGAGGAUGGCAUGCGCAACGAGAAGCGCCAUCACAGCGACGAUGAUGACGACAACGAUGACGAUGAUGAUGACGACGACGACGGCAGCUACGCAUCCUCGGGCGCAUCGAGCCCUUACUCGUCUCGCGCAUCCUCGGGCGCCUACGACGUGAACCCGAACAACCCACACGAAGCCAGGCCUCUCGCCCCCAACCGCAAGCCCUGUCGCACACAUCGAAGGACGCUGUCGAAGCAGUCCAAACCGUCCGUGAGCGCGUACAGCUACCGCAACCCUCGUGCCUUCACACGUUACUUUGGCCUGGCAAUAGCGAGCACCCUUGUCUUGUUCAUUUGGUUUCUGUUGCACAGCAGUUGGGACUCGAUACGGAAUACGGAGCUCAAGCUCUAUAAGUCGCCUCCCCAGCCGCCCGUAUGGGAGAGCUUCCCCUUCUUGAAGCGUUACCACGGUGGUAUACGAACCCUAGUCAGUCGCAAAGAGAACAUUCCCGAAUACCCUACAAGAGAAGACAUCGACCCAGAAUUACCUUCCGUAGGUACCGAGCAGGACAAGUCCAAAGGAACGAGGGCUGCUGCCAGCAUACCCGACUCGAUACCUUUCAAUCCAUAUCCCGACUACAACAGCCUCAACUAUGUAGACGAAUACGGCCCUGUCAAGGCUUGCUACCUAGACGCCAAUGACACAAUUACAAUUCCUGGGACAAGGGCCUACAACGGUGUGACAAAAGGCAUGCCUGACAAUGUCAUGGGAAGCUACGAAGUGCUGGGUCUGAGAAACGAUGUUUGUUUCGAGCGAUUUGGACGCUUAGGGCCUUACGGCAUGGGCUAUAGCAAGAGGCGCGGAGGUACUGGUGCAGGCUUAGAGGGCGAUCGCGAAGGCAUUGAUAAGGUCUGGGAAGCCACCCCAGAAGUCGACUACCGAGACGUCAGAUGGGGCGAAGCUGUCAGCCGCUGUUUGGAAAAGAACAGGGGACGUUUUAAGACGCAGCCAAAAACGCGUGACAACGCCUUCCAGGCCAUGGCGGCGCGGAAGCGACAGCUUCAUGUCAGUGUAGACGCUGAUAGCCAGGCCGAAUCCGAUCAGUUGCUUGGCGAAACUAUUGGCCAGCAACCCAGUGCUACCCACAAAAAGCUUCUCCCCCGGACCGCUGUACUGAUUCGCACCUGGUGGGAUUACGAGUACGAUGACGAGGACUUGAUGUAUCUGCGAUCGAUGAUAUCUGAGCUUAGCCUUGCGUCCGGCGGUGAGUAUCAAGUUCAUUUUCUCAUCCACGUAAAGGAUGAUAACAAGCAAAUAUGGGCAGACGAGAAUAUCUAUCAAGAAGUACUAAGCAAAUCUCUUCCUCCAGAAUUUGCCGGCAUGGGUACAUUGUGGUCCGAACGGCAGAUGGGUCUCAUCUACGGCGGUGUGGAGGAGUCCAUGUACCGUGGCCUGCCUGUCCACGGUGCAUACCGUUCGACUUUUAUGCCCGUCACUUACUUCGCACACCAGCAUCCCGAGUUUGAUUUUUUCUGGCACUGGGAGAUGGAUGUCCGGUACACAGGUCACUACUAUCAUCUCUUCAGCCAGGUCUCCCGAUGGGCUGAAGCGCAACCUCGCAAGGGUUUGUGGGAACGCAAUGCCCGCUUCUAUGUGCCUUCGGUCCACGGCUCCUGGGAGGACUUCACCCACAUGGUGCGCGUGCAAACCGAACACGGCACCAACAGCAAAGCCAACACCUGGUCAUCACAUCUCCCGCCGAACCCACAUGUGUCUCAACCUGAGAUGCAAAAACCAGAGAAACACAUAUGGGGCCCGGAAAAGCCCCAGGACUACCCCGAUAUCGAAAUUGAGGAGGACGUGAUACCGCCGCACACCUUGAUGGAAGACAAGAAUGAAUGGGGCGUUGGCGAGCCAGCCGAUCUCAUCGUGUUUAAUCCACUCUUCGAUCCUGAUCGAACCAACUGGAUUCUUAAUGAAGAUGUCACUGGCUACGACCGUAAGAAGGGCUUACCGCCGCGCCGAACUGCCAUCAACACAUCUGGCCGACUAUCACGUCGCUUGCUCGAGACAAUGCACCGUGAACAGUCGUAUUUCCGCCACACCAUGUUUAGCGAGAUGUGGCCUGGAUCAGCUGCGUUGCACCAUGGCUUGAAAGCCGUAUAUGCACCACACCCCGUGUUCGUUGAUCGCAAAUGGCCGACACAAUAUCUUGCUGCUAUUUUCAACAACGGGCGUAACGGUGCAUCAGGUGGUGCCAGAUUGUCCGUCUUCUCAGAUGAGCGACAACACAAUUUCCUCGGCACAACGUGGUACUACCAUGCCGGCUUUGCGCCGAAUCUCUGGAAGAGAUGGAUGGGCUACAAAGUCGACAACGACGGCGGCGAAGAAGAGGAGCUUGCUGGGGAAGGACGGAUGUGCUUACCUGCCGUACUUUUACACCCUGUGAAGCAGGUGGAUCUUAUUCAAGAACGAGUUGAAGAGCCGAAAGGUGCACCUCUCAACUAG